AGAAGGAAAUCACGUUCCAACUUGCAACUUCCAUCCCCUCCUGUAUGGCUCUCUUUUUAUUUAUCAUCCUCCUUUCCCGGGAGUGGCCUACGUGUUACGACGGAGAGCUCACUUGACUCAGAGGUCACCGUGUCCACGCAAAGCUGCCAAAGCUGAACUCUGCCUGCCUCCGUCUCCGAGGGCGUUUAUUUUGCUCUUUCAGCGCUAAUCAGCUUAAUCGCCAUUCUCUGUAGUCAUACACUGUGGGCGAGCUUUUGAGGCUGAGAAGAAUGGCUAUCCAUGCACUUACCACAACUGGUUUCUCUUUCCAUCUUCCCUUUCCAAAAUGUACCGCUGCUUACUCGAGAUCUGCUGGUGAUCGAGCUGGAACUCUCUGUUGCUCAAGCGGAGAUGGAGAUCUUAGCGGCUUGAUUAACGUGUCAUCGGAAUCGGAGUUCGAAAGACGCGGGGGUGCACAGAUGGCGAAGUCAGCAGAUGGAGAACUUCGGGCAAAAAACAGUGAAAUUUGGCAACUCUUCAGAGAAGCUCAGCGAAAUAUCUUGUCCUUGGAUAAACAACGUGCCCUUGCUGUAGAGGAGCUGAAUAAAGCUAUCAGCGAGAAAAAAGUACUGCUAGAAAGGAUCGAGGAAUUGGAGAUUGAAAAGCAGGCUAUGGCUAGAAAAGAUCAGGUAUCAAUAUGUUGGGAAUUACUACUUCGAAUUGAUUCUAUGGUUCUCACUGGCACGAUUAGUUCUGGAGCGGCAUCUCAAAUGAGACAACUGAUCAUGGAUCAAAAAGUCAGCAUACUUGAUGCUUUCCCCGAAAUCCUGCAGAAAAAAGAUGCUGAGCUACUAGCAGAGCUACGUCAAUUAUCUGACAGAAGAAAUAAGAAUGGUUUUCACAUCGUUCACAUUUGUACUGAAAUGGCUCCAAUUGCUUCUUUUGGAGCAGUGGCAUCAUUUGUAACAGGGUUAUCUCAAGCUCUACAAAGAAAGGGCAACUUGGUGGAGGUUAUCUUACCAAAGUAUGGAAGCAUGGACCUAAAUGAGGUUCAAGGGAUACGAGAGACUGAGGUGGAGUACUAUUCUUAUUAUAAUGGUCAACUACAUGGAAACAAAAUAUGGACUGGGGUAAUCUGUGGCAUAGGGGUUACUUUCAUUCAACCUUUGUAUUACUCAUCAUUUUUCAACCGGGAGAAGGCAUAUGGAUACUCUGAUGAUUUUGAACGGUUUAUGUACUUUUCUCGGGCAGCAUUGGAUUAUAUUGUGAAAUCUGGCAAGAAGCCUGAUGUGUUGCAUAUACACAAUUGGCAGACUGCUAUAAUAGGACCGCUUUUCUGGGACAUUUUUGUUCAACAGGGACUUGAAGGUUCUAGAAUUCUUUUCACAUGUCACGACAUCCAUGCACAGCCUCUUAUACAACCAGAGAAACUGGCACUAUGCGGACUUGAUCCUACUAAACUUCAUCGUCCUGAUCGUCUGCAAGACAACUCCAAUACACAUCUUGCAAACAUUAUGAAGGGCGGAAUUGUUUACUCCAAUAAAGUUGCAAUAAUGUCAUCCACACAUUCAAAAGGCCAUAUAAUUCAUAGUUCGAGUCAUGGUUUGGAAACUACCUUAAACAUGCACAAGGACAAAUUGCUUGUCUCCCCUUGUGGGUUUGAGAGCUCAUCUUGGGAUCCUGAAAAAGAUAAAAUUCUUCCAGAAAAUUAUAGUGCAGAUGAUAUGAAAGGAAAAUUUGUAUGCAAAAUUGCGUUGCAGCAAAAGCUGAGAUUACCUGAGAAUGCUUCUAUUAUCACCGUUGGAUGUUUUUUGUCAGAUUUGUCAGAUGUUGACAAAGAGGACCUGAUAGCAAUUGUUAAGAAUGGUACCAGAAUGGCUGUCCAGUUCAUCUUCAUGACGACUGGCAAGAUGACAAGUGGACAAAAGGAACUAGAAUCUCUUCAAGUAAGAAUUGAGUCAUUGCAGGAUGAAAACGUCAGGUUCAUAAACAGACACGAUGAGACAUUGUUGCAUCUCAUUUUUGGAGGUUCCAACAUUAUCUUGUGCCAGUCUCUUCACGAUCCUAUUCUGCAAGUGCCAUUGAAGGCUAUGAGAUAUGGAGCUGCUCCAAUUGCAAUCACCUCCAAUGACAACGGAUUCAGACACUUUCCGGAUCAUGACUACGAGACUACUAAAUUAGCAAUGUUCAUCAACUCUACCUUCGGAUACUUGUCCUUCAGCCAAGCCCUAGAUGAAAUUAAUAACAAUCCAUCCGAGUGGAAUCAUAAAGUGUUUGAUGCCAUGACCAAGGACUUCUCUUGGGAUGCAGAGUGCUGUGAUAUCUAUCUCUCUGCUUACACAGCUAUAAAGAGCUUGUAAACCAGGUACAAAGUAGAACGUACAAACAUACAUAUCAACAAUAUUUGCAUCCAUCACUGCAGCUUGCACGCCACUGCAGCUAUGUGGUGGAGCUUGAUUCCAGACUUCCAGUCUAUAAUGGACAGAUUUUAGGUUUGUAAAUGAAGAGAUAGGUAGUUUUUAUUUUUAAUAGUAAUUUAUAUGUGAAUAUAAAGAAUGGCGAUGUACUGUAAGGCUGAAUGUUCAGCUAAAAAGACUCGUUUUUAUUUUAAUUGUUUUAAAAAGAAACUAGUCAAACUAAACCGUACCACCUACCUGUUAUUUUCUCCUCCAAGUGGAGAAAUUAUUCGAGGUUGGUAAGUGUGGGUGGUUUAUGUCGUUGGAUUUUGACAUGAGAAACUAAAAAUUAUGAUUUUGUCGAGCGAGUUAGAGAGUGACAACUUGUUGACCAUGUUGAAUGGUUUUGCUUCAAAGUGGUGUGAUUCAACCUUCAAGCAAGCUGCAAUUAUACUCCUCUA